CGGCAAUUCACUCCCCGCGCCCGCCGACGACAACGACAACGAUAACGCCAGACUCGAGAUCCGCCCGCUGGACGCACCCGCACCGCCGCACUCACCCAGCGCCGUGCUGACAUAAUGCAAGUCGCGCGCACGCUGCUGGCCUCUUCCUUUCCUGCCGCCGGCUCGCCGUCUCCGUCGCAGUCUCAAGCGCAGCCAGCGUCGCAGUCGCAGCCGCAGCCACAGUCACAGGUGCAGGCGCAGUCGCAGCAACAGUCGCAGCCCCAGUCACAAUCGCAACCCCAAGCACACCCCCACAUGUACGCCAACUCGCCGCAGGGACUGAUGGCGGCGCCGGCCUUCAACCGCUCCUUUUCCGACGUCAACGGCUUCCAGCAGCACGCCAUGGAGAAGCCGCAGAUCUACACGGCCGUCUACUCGGGCGUGUCCGUCUACGAAAUGGAGGUCAACCGCGUCGCCGUCAUGCGCCGCCGCUCCGACGGCUGGCUCAAUGCCACCCAGAUCCUCAAGGUCGCCGGCGUCGACAAGGGCAAGCGCACAAAGGUGCUGGAGAAGGAGAUAUUGACGGGCGAGCACGAGAAGGUCCAGGGCGGCUACGGCAAAUACCAGGGCACGUGGAUCGGCUACCGUCGCGGCCGCGAGUUCUGUCGCCAGUACGGCGUCGAGGACAUUCUGCGCCCGUUGCUGGACUACGACAUCAGCGCCGACGGGAAUGCCGGCCAGGGCAUCGAGACGCCGACCAAGGAGCAGGCCAUGGCCGCGAAUAGGAAGCGCUUCUACACGCAGAGCAUCGACGGCCGCAGCACCAGCCAGAGCGUCGGCGGCACCUUCUUCUCCAACAUCUCGUCCACGGCCACCAGCGCCCUCGCCGCCAUGAACAAGGUCGCCCGUCUCAAUUCACCCGCGCCAAGGCCAGCCAGCUCCUCGCAGGGCCGCCGAUCCAUGGCCCGUCCACAACAGGCUCCCGUGGUCAGCCAAGACUCGUUCCGCACGAGCAGCCAGCAGAGCGUGCCGAGCAUGGCCUCUGAGCGCAGCUUCACCGCCACCAACGGCCACACCGACUCGGCCUACGCCACGGGACUCGACGAGACCCAGGAGCCGCCAAGGAAACGCAUGCGCGCCUCGCAGGAGGAAUCCUUCUCGCAGCCCGUGACCAUGAAGACGGAGACGUCGAUGCGCGACCACGGCUCGCCCACAGAACCCAGCGACUCCUUCUACCAGCACCAGACGGGACACCGCAUCUCCCUCCCAGACGGCACCGAAGUCCCCUCCGCCCUGCCUCCCCUACCCCGGCCAGACACGAAGGAGAGCGAAGACAAGCAGGCCAUGUUGACAGACUUGUUCGCUGACCAGCAACGGACUGACUUUACUAACCACCCCGCGAUGCUGCAUCUGUCCGGUACAGACCUCGACAUGCCCAUCGACAACACCCUCAACACGGCGCUACACUGGGCAGCAACACUGGCUCGCGUCUCUCUUAUGCGGUUGCUGGUGUCUAAAGGUGCGAACAUGUUCAGAGGAAACGCCACAGGCAUGACGCCGUUGAUGAGCGCUGUGUCAGUAAACAACAGCUUAGACCACAGCUGCUUCCCCGAAACACUCGAGAUUCUAGCUCCCCUCAUUGAACUCCGCGAUACGCAGGGGCGGACUAUCCUGCACCACAUUGCUGUAACAUGCGCCAUCAAGGGCCGUGCAGCAUCGAGCAAAUACUACCUCGAAGCCCUGCUUGAAUAUCUCGUGCGCAGUAAUAUUGGCGCCAACCAACCCUCGUCCUUCCACGACAACCACCCCAAACCAAUAGGCCUGAUGCGAUUUAUGCAGGAGAUGGUGAAUGCGCGGGAUAAGGCUGGGAGCACAGCACUAAACUUGGCAGCGAGAAUUGGCAACCGCAACAUCAUCUCCCAGCUUAUGGAAGUCCAGGCCGACCCCACAAUCCCAAACCACAAGGGCACACGUCCGAUAGACUUCGGCGUCGGAAGCGACAUACACGGCGACGGCGAAGUCAUCAUCCCCAGCCCGUCCAAAGGCAAAGCGCCACUCAGCAAAGUAGAAGAAACAAGUCGAGAGAUUCAACCCCUAAUGAGCGGCAUCCUGCAAUCCGCCUCCAUGCAAUUCACACAAGAAGCCCGCCUAAAACAAGACACCAUAGACCGCACAAACGACACCAUCGCGCAGCUCUCCGCGCUCCAAAAAACAGAACAGCAAAACCUCGAAUCCCUCCGCCUCCGCCUCCGCGCCUGCCAGGACCGCGCAAAACGCAUCGCCAACCUCAAGCGCUGGCUCGAACCCCAACGCCACAUGCUCUCCGUCAACGCCGGCGCCACCGACCUCCACGAGAAACGGCGCAUCGGCUACGCGGACCAAGAAGGCGCCGGCCUGCUCAUCCAAGACGACGACCUGCCCUACGACGUGCGCCACGCGUCCCACCUGCUGCUGCGCCGCGCCUCGGACGGGCCCCAGUAUGCAUCUACACCCCUACCCGCUGAUAUCGCGCUCGCCGUCUCGCAUGGUAGCGUCGCCGUGCAUCCGCGCCUUAGCGCAGUGUUCCCUGCUGUGCUGAGACACAGAAUCGAGGUUUAUACUAAAGCUAAUGCGGCGUUGUUGGAAAGGAGUCGUAGGCUUAAGGAGAAGGAUGGUCAGCUGGAGGUCAUGUAUAUCAAGGUUGUUAGUCUGUGUACGAAGGUGCCCGAGGAGAGGGUCGAUGAGUGUAUUCAUCAGCUUUUUGCGGCGCUGGAUAGUGAUCCGUUGGAGGGGAUGGAGGUUGGUAGGGUGAAGGAGUUUUUGAGGAAGGUUGAGGGGGUUGAGGGCUGA